AUGACUUCUUUGAAUGGUGAAAUAAAUACAGCGAGUAAACUAAAGUUUAGUGUAGACAGUAUUCUUGGGAAUAACGAUACGUCUCAUUCGCAUUCGAGUGCGUCAGUGGCGGAGAUACCGAGAAGUCAGGAACCUCCGUGCGCAGGGUGCGUGGCUGCCCUUUACCGCUGCUGCAGAGACGAACCACCCCUGCUGCAGUUGCCAAUGCCACUUCCUUACACACAUUUACACCCAGCUUUAAGACCCACCACCGUGUAUCGUCUUCCAAUUCCUUCUUCAUCGCCACCUCAACAAUCGUCUGCACCUCGAUGUGAUGUCACAUCAAGCGGUAAGAGGAAAAGAUCGUGGUCUCGAGCAGUGUUCAGCAACCUUCAAAGAAAAGGCUUGGAGCGACGGUUUCAAAUACAAAAAUAUAUUACAAAGCCAGACAGACGGCAACUAGCGGCUACCUUAGGACUUACUGAUGCCCAGGUCAAAGUAUGGUUUCAAAACCGCCGUAUGAAAUGGCGACACACGAAGGAAGGUCGCGGAGGCAUUGCAGGCACAACGGGUAUACCUGGUCGGGAUCCCGACUCUUCCACCAUUGAUGAUAAUGAAGACAUCGACGUUGAUACGUUAAGUGAUUGA